AUGAAAGGCUUGGUCGACCUCGGGGGGACUCGAACCUACGACCUUGCGGACGUUAGAAAUGAGUUAUGCCAGCUGAGCUAUGCCUCAUGUACAUCAAAGCGAAUAUAACUUCGAAAAAAAAAAAUUUGUUUUUGGUUUUAUAGUCAGCUCUAUUCGUAUAUAUAGUUUUAACAGUAAAAAAGGAGAUCUAUCGGAUCGGAUCUUCAAGUUCAAUUUUUUUCUUUUUUUUUCAAGUAGCCAUCACUUAUCAUAAGUGCCACCCUCUUGGAAUGCCGUGAAUCCUAUGACUCACAAAUCAAGAAAAAAAGUUUUUUUUUACAGGGGAAUCAGAGAUAUUGUUCUGCAAAAAGGAAGAGAGAAUUUUUGAAAGGGAUAGUAAUUUUAAUUCUAGAAUUGGAAAAUAAAUUCAUCGCAUUAUUUCGAUGUUUCAAAGUCUUUAAAAAAAGUCUCUUUUUCAAAUUUUUCCUAUUCCGCGCCUGUUUGUCAUGAUUUUUAUUCUUAUCCGAGCUACAAGACCCUUCCCUUCGAAUCGCUUGUCCUGUUUCUGUGCGUGCGCCUUUAAUAUAACGAAAGUUUUUAAGUUGUUUUAAAGGCGCAGACAAAAAAAGACAGGAUCUUCCCUUCGAUUUGAGUGGUCUGCCCCUGUGCAUGCGCCUUCAAUUGAACCUUAAAGUUCUGUUGAUAUUAAAGGCGCAUCACAGAGACCGGCCCCGUGCAUCGAAGGGAAGGUAAGUCGAUGAAAAAUGAAAAUCGUGAGAAGCUGGAAUAUAACUAAAUCAUGAAGAACUUUUUCCUUUUUUUUGGAAUCUGGAGGUCCUAAAGUACAUUCCAACCAAUUUUCAUCAAAAGUUGGAGUUGUAAACGAUUCCCGUUACCUACGAGUUUACAUUAAAUUCGCGUUUUCGUCUAAAUAUUUAUCUGUUCAUUGCUCCGUUUUUGCUUGUUUCUAGCCGGUGCUCGCUGGCCAACGAAACGACACGACCGGACGGCGGAGAGAGCGUGCCGAGGAUGGAGAGAGCAGACAGCCGGAACCAGUUGGCGUAUGUCGUCGAACGCGAAGACGAGGAGGAGUUCCACGAUGCCGCCAGCACGCUCCCCAAACUAGAUUCCGUUGGUUUCCCCUCCAAUUCGUCUUCUUUUCUUUUCCCAUCCAGUGUAUCAUCAUUCUUACCUUUAUUUUUUUGUUUUUUAACCCUCUGAAGCCGAUUUUUUUUGUUUUUUGUUGUGUUCAAGGAACAAAGAUCAAGGUUCAGAAGGUCAUUUUUGAUUUUCGUGUUUUUAGGAAGGUUUUCAAAGAUUAUAAUGAGUUCAUUAUAGACUUUAAGCUGUCUGGAAAGAACCACGAAAAUUUUAAUACCUUCUUGAAGUUUUUAAUCGACUUUAUACUCUAUAAUUCGUUUUUCCUGAAUGCAUUUUAAUGUUUUUAAAGGAGAUUUGAUGAAAUUAUUGAGAAAAAAAGAGACUUUUUCUAGUGUUUUUCCAGAUUUUUAUAGGCUAUUUUCGCUUCCUAGCAAGCUUUUUUGAUAGACUUAUGAGAUUGUGAAAAUUUUAAAAUGUCCUUUUUGAGUUUAUAUUCAGUUUCGUGUUGAUUGGAGAUACGUAACAUGUUUCAAAAUGCAAAAAAGUGUCCAAAUUUACUCCGAAAUAGUACUAAUUUUUGUAUCGUAGCUUUUUUUUUUGGAUUUUGGAGCAAUUUUUGUUUUUUUCUGAUGAACGCGCCAUACAAAUAUUUGCAAAAAGUCUCAAAAUCGAAUUUUUCGCUUUUUAUGUGCUCAAAAAUGGUCAAAAAUAGCAUUUCGAGGCUGUUUCAUUUCGUUGAGCUUCUGCAAAUGGAUAAAUUAUUCCUUUUGAAAAUCAAAAAAAGUUGUUUUUGACUUUAAUCUGGGUAAAUUAUCUCGUUUAUUCCGUUUUAUCAUUGAUAUAAGAUUUUCUUGACGCUUAAAAAUUCAUAUAACCUUUUCUAUAACCUUUAAAAAAAAACUUCUGAUAAAAAAAAGCUUUAAUUCUAAUGGUGCCUCUAAAUUUCACAGAAAGUUUGAAAAUUCAGUUGAAAACUUGAAGGAAAAUGAUUUUUUUUAAAAAUAUUCUCCUACCUUUUUUUGUUUUCAAGUGGAUAAAAUUCGACGUCAUUCCACGUCAAAAAUUGGGUUGUUAUGAGAUUUUUUCACCUGUUUUGAUGGCUUUAUUAUUAACAGAACAACUCGAAAGGUAUAUUUUUCGAGAGAAAUUAUGUUUUUUCACAUUUCUCACUUAGGAUCUCUGAAAAAAGGCAAUUUUGAAUCAGUUAUUUUCCGUUGUUUUUCAUUUAAAAUUGAAAAAUAUGCCCACAUUUGUAGUGGGAAAAUUCGCAGACUCGUGACUCAAAAAUCCAAUUUUUUCUCUUUUUGUGGUUCUGUAGUUUUAUUUUAGUUUCUCGUGAAAGAAACAAUAAAAAAGAUCUUUUUUGAGACGAUCAUUAAAUUUAAUGAUUUCCCCGCAAAAAUUUCAUUUCAAAUUUCAUCAUUUUUUUAACCCGGAAGCUGAUCUGAUUCUAGAGAAGCUUUGUAUCAUGAUCCUGGAUGUUUUCGAAGUUUUGAAAAAAAAAAGAAACAAAAUUUGAAAUUUUUGGUCUAAUUUGGAAUGAACUGUGCAUUGAAUAGAUUUUUUUCAUAGGGAUUUUUUUUCAUGAUUUUGAUUGAAUCAGUUUUUUUUUUGGAUUUAUUUAAAUGAAAUUGCAAAGUCGAUUUAUCAAACUAUAGACCAAAGUUAAGGGAAACAUCGGUUUUUUUCGGUUUUUAAUAAUAGUAUUUUUUUCGAAGCAUUUUAGAUUUUUUUGAAAAAAAUAAAAAAAUAUAAGGAAAUUAUACCUUUCUUCCUACAAAAAAAUGCAUAGAAUCUUGUUUUCUUCGAAUUUUGGAGUGAAAAUUUAUUAUUGUUCAAUUCAAUACUCUAACCGCUUCAGUCUUUAGAGCACUUUUUUUAUUAUUUUAAACUCGGUUGAAAAAUAUUUUUAUUUUUUUAAGAAGAUGCGAUGAGCCGUUUUCGGGAUUUUUUUGUGCUUUCAAACAUUAAAAAAAUUCCUUGAAGAAAAAGAAAUAAAAAAAUCUAAAAAAAGUCUGUGGUUUUUAACUGUAUUCAGUUCAUAUGUGGCUCGAAAAACCCUUUUUUCAAUAGAAAAUGAUCGAAAUUUCGAAUAAAGAGUAGUUUUAUUGAUUAUAAAGAGAAAAAAAUUCAAAACAUUCGGUAUCGGCGGCCCGCCGUUUUUUGUUUGCUUUUUCCUUCUUUCUUCCGUUUGUGUCCCUUUGACCACUCUCAUUUUUUCUUCUCCCCCAUUUUUUGGCUUUCCAGAGGCCGAUCCUGAAACGGGCGGUAGUUGCUCAGGAGCCCGACGACAUGACCGUGAGCAACGACGGCGUGGCGCGCGCCUGUCCGCCCGCCAUCGAUUUCAAUGAAGCCAUUCAGGUUUUUUUGUUGUUUUUCAUGGGUUUUAGAGGAUCCACCCGGGACGACCCGAUCCCGACACUUUCACUAAUUUUCUUCAUUUUUUCUCAUUUUCAAAUUUGCGGGUCAGGUUGCCCCGGACGACCUGGGAGACCCGCCGGCACCUUUUUUUUUGUUUUCAAGAAGCGAGCAGGUAAUUUAAUUAGCUCAGAAAAAAAUUUUUUUCUGGCGGGAAUUUUUGAGAAAAAAGAUAUAAAAUAAGGUGAAUUUUAAAGAAAAAUUAUCUUUGUCUUAAAAUUAUGUAGAUUUGGAGAGCGGUUUUAAAAAUUUUUUAGAUGUUAAGAGCGAAUAGAAAAAAAUUGAAAAGGAUAAAUUAACACGAAAAAAAACUCUUUUGCCUUGAAAAUUUUUUGGAAACUUCUCUUUUCAACAUAUAAGGAAUCCAUCAAGAAUUUUGAAACAAACACUCUUAACUUUUUCAUUACUUAUUUUUGCAGGAUUCGCCGAGAUUUCGCGCAGUUUUGGCCCAGCAUGUCUUGUAUUUCAACCGGCUGGAAAAAUCGAUUAAAUGAGGUUUUUUUAAAAAUAUUCUUCUCUCAUUGAACAAAAAAAUGUUGAAAACACUCUUUUUGCAACGUUUAUUUGCCUUUUAUUUUUUUUAAGCUUUGCAUCCAUUUCGAUUCAUUAACAAGCGUUUCUGAGAAAGUCGAACCCUAGAACGCCGAAGUGGUCCCUUGAGGGGUAACCUUUCAAAUGAGAAAAACUUCGCGUCAUAGAGGUACUAGAAAAGAUGGCCACUCUAGCAUUUUAGUUAGUGGCCACUCUAGAGAAGCAUCCUAGUAGUUCCUAUACGUCUUUUUAUCUUUCAAGUCAUAACAAAAAGUGUAAAAAACACUAUAGGGACUACUUAAGCUUUAAGGGCUUUGUUGUUAAAUGUUAAACCCUAGAGGGACCAGCUCAUUUUUAGUCUUUUAAGAAACGUUGUUUGUCUUCUGUAGGCGCUGUUAUUUUCCCUAGUCCCUCUAGGGGCCACUCUGAAGUUCCUAAGAAUGUGAAAAGUUUUGGUCUUCUUACUUCGAUCCUCUUUUGGAACAUUUUUGGCUCUACGUAUUGUUAUUUUUUGUUUGUUUGCAGAUGCUCCGACACGUCUCGGCCAUGAUUGAGCACAGCAAAAAUUAUGUCAACACGUUUUAGUGAGUUUUUGUUGACUUUUCGCUAGAUAUUUGCCCAAAAUUUCCAGCAAACUGACCAUUUCCGUCAAUCAACUGUGUGAUGAGAGCUUCUCUGGGAACGCCCUCGCUCAGGCGACUUUUCAGGUUCUUUUUUAGAUUUUUAAAAUUUCUUCUUCGGAUGAGAAAAAGCUAUCCUUUGAAGUUUGAAGUAAUUAGUGUUUCUUUAGUUUGAAAAAGGGUUUUUUGGGUUUUUGGGAUUCUGUCGGAUUUUUUCGGUUGUUUUUCAAUUAAAAUUGGAAAAUAUGUCUACAUUUGUAGUGGGAAAUUUCGCAGACUCGUGACUCAAAAAAAUCCAAUUUUUUUCUCUUUUUUUCUUGUUCUGAAGUUUUAUUUUAGUUUCGCGUGGAAGAAACAAUAAAAAAAGAUCUUUUUUUGAGACGAUCAUAAAAUUUCAAUGAUUUUUUUUGAGUUUCUAAGGCGUUUUUUUGGUUUGCUCAGCGUUUUAUACCUUGUUUCAUUAUUCAAAUUUAUAAAAUUUUAAUAAUUUUUUUUGAGCUCUGGUCAUUUUUUACCAAACUUAGUUUUUUAGUGUUUGGGGUUCAUUUUCAUUUUUUAAGGCUUUUUUUCAAGGCUUAGGAAACAAAUUUAUCUUGACGGGAAAGAAUUUUUUCGGUUCCUUUAAUGGUGUUUUGGCCUAGACUUAAUUGAAAUUUCGUUUGGAGAAAAUUUUUCAGGUCCUUUUUUGUGCUUCAGUGUAAUUCUAGCUCAAUAACUGCUUUUUAAUAGAAUCAUUUUUUUGUUGAAAAAAAUCUUCAGAAUAUCCAUUUUUUUCCUUUUUAUGAAAAAUAGGAAUAAUUUUACAUAUUGUCAAGUUGGAAUUUGAGGCGCUUUCCGACGCCUACGCCCACACGGUCAGCCUCUCCAGAACCUACUACGAACACUCGAACAUCGUUCUCUACACAAAGUUGUCCAAUUUCAUCAAGGAGUGAGUGAAAAAUUAAUCAACCAAUUAUUUUUUAGUCAUAGACUAGGCGGUGAAGGGGGGAUACAAGUAAAAAAAUCUUUUCGGUUGAGCGAAAAAUCAGAAGACCCCUAUAGGGACCACUCAAGCUUUGGGGACUUACGGGUCAGACUCUAAACCAAUAUAAAGUCAAUCCAAAGUUUAGCCCUCUAGGGAACACUAUUUUCCCCCCAUAGAUGCUAUUUUUGUUCCUGAUCCCUCCAGGGACCACUCAAACUUUGUCAUAUUCUCACAGAAAAGAUCAUAUACCUUUCUUCAAUCAAUCAGUCAGUAUUUAUCCUGUUUGAAUAAAGAAUGAAUUUUUUUCAAAAACGAAAUUUUAAAAAAAUACGACCCUUUUUUUCCAGCCAGAUUUUGCACCUUUUUAUGAUUCUUAUCAUUUUUUUAAGGAAAUAGGAAUUUUUUUCACCUACUUAAUGUUCUUCUUUUUGAAGUUUAUUAAUUGAACAAGUUUUUUUCUAGCCGAAAGGAAAAAAAUAGUUUUUUUAUUCAGAGAGAAAGAGAGAGAAAGUAUCUUGAAAAAGAAGCAAAAAAACUAUUCGAAAAAAAUAUUGAAUUUUUUUCCCGUUUUUCAAAAGUUGACAACGAUCAUCGGAGUGUAGUAAUGUAACAGUUUUUCGAAGCUUUUAUGUUCAUUUUGAAACGUAUUAUGGUAUUGAGAAAAGAAAUGAAGGGAAUACAAUUUUAAAAAAUAAUUUUAAGACAUCAUUGCUCUUUAACUUUCAUUUUUUUUUUCUUCUUCCGAUUAUCUAUGAACACAAGCCCCUACAGAACCAGCUAGACCUAAAAAAAGACAGAAAAAAGACGAAAAAAAUAUCAAUUACAACUAAAUUUUACAAUGAAACUAUAUAACUUUCCUGUUAUAGGGUGGCCUUAUUGUGGUAAAUAAGUAGUUGAAAAAUUCUUAAGAAGUCCAGAGUGGCCUCUAAAGGGGCAAACUAAGGGGCCUUGGAGAGUCCCCUCUAGGGACCACUUUACCAAUUCCUAUAGGGGCCAUCAAAGCUUGCAAAAGUGGUCCAUAUAUAUGACAUGCUAGUUGACAUUUGGUAUGAACUCUAAGACCCCUAUAGGGAUCACUUAAGCUUCAGGGGCUGAGAAGUCAGACCCUAAACACCUACAGGGACCACCUUGAUUUUACCUCUAUUAGGAUCGUUUUUCCUCUGACCCCUAUAGGGACCAUUCUGGAAUUUCUAAGUUGGUUUGAAACCAAUAAUAACGAAAACAAGCGAGAUUUGAAAUUUUUCAAAAAGGCUUUGGAAUUCCUCCCUUCAUUUAUUCAAAAGGGCUACGAGUUUUUUUUUUUAAAAAGCGACAAUUUUUCCAGUGAACUCCAAAAAGUCACCGAGUCCCGAGCACACUUCGACAACAUGUCGGCGUCGAUGGACGAGGCUCUGGCGAAAAAUGCGGCGGCGUCCCGGUCGAAGCCCGUCGACGCCGUCGAGGGCAGGAACGCCCUCACCGCGGUACUCUUUCUUUCAUUUUUGGAUCUUCAGGCUUUUAAGUUUUUCGAAAAUUUUACAGUUAUAUCAACUUUACUGUUUUUUUUUCAUUUCUUUGAAUUUAUUUCUUUAGUGACCACUUCACCAACCCCUAUAGGGGCCACUCAGCUUCGCAAAAGCGGUCCUUAUAGGGGUUUUAGUUAGUGGCUCCUCUAGGGGCAUGCUAGUCAAUAAUUUUGAUGAACUUUAAGCGAAGAAGCAUUUCCAUGCGGAAAACUGAAUAAAUAAGCGUUGUUUUUAAAUGAAAUUGCAGGACCCCUAUAGAGACCACUUAAGCUUGCAAAAGGGGUCCCUUUAGGGGACAUGCUACUCGAAAUUUCUUAUGUGCUCUAUGCUAAGAAGCGUUUCAAUGCAAAAAAUAAAAUAAAUAGGCUUUUUUCAAACAAAGUUUGAAGACCCCUAUAGAAACCACUUGAGCUGUACGAGCUAAGGGAUCAGACGCUAAACCCCUAUAGGGACCACUUUUUCGUCCCCUAUAGGGCUGUUUUCCCCCUAACCCCUAUAGGGACUAUUCCAGUAUUCCUAAGAAAGUUUGAAAAGUUCGAGAAAAAUGCACUCCAUCCAAGCUAUUUGCCCAGGUGAAAACUACCCACUCCGAACUCUUUUUUUUCCAAAAAAAAAGAAACAACCUCUCAGGUUGGCGCUUGCUUCGCACACACGACGCUGGACUACGUGGCGCAAAUCAAUAUUGCUCAUGCACACAAGGAUCACAUGAUCAUCGACGCGGUUCGUCCUGAAGACUUCUAGAAUUGACGUCUUCUGAUGGAUUGCAGCUGUGGACCCUGGUCCGCGAGACGUCGGCCUUCUUCGCCAAGGGCCACGCCGUCUUCGACGAGUGGACCGCCUCGGACAACGGCGCCGUCGCCGAUUCCAUCUCCGCCUACACCUCGAAGAGCAAGAUCGUCGAGAGGAAGAUGCAGGACGUCCACAGCCUCGUUCCCAAGGUAGGCGUGGGGUUUGUGAAAGAUAAAUACGGAAAAUGA